CCCCAAGCUGACCUCGCGUAACGGGCGAAAAGUAGUACGGUGUGCGUGAAUACUUAUACCGAGCUUGGAGCGCCAGCUUUUUCACUAUUUAUCGCUUGCCCUCUUGGCUUUCUAAUCUCUUUUCUCUCGGUUCUCUCUCUGGCAGUUCUGAGCUCUUGCUAAUUUCCUAUUUGAGUUCCCCGUUGUUGAUAUCACUACCAGCUCACUCCAUCAAAUUGGCAUACUACCUGUCCAAAACUCUACUACACUUCAAGCUGCUUUAGACUGAACACGUAUGUGCGAGACUAUCAUAUCUCCCAGAUUCCCAUUCAUUAGUUACAGAGAUCAACACUGACAUCUUGCAUCAUCUUCACAGUUCAAGGUCCUUUCUUUCAGUAUCCCUCAAGUUCCGCUGUUGUACCCACCGCUUUUACGCCACUCGAUAUGCUUCUCCUCCGUCCCCUCAUUGCUAUAACCUCCGUGGUUGGCCUGGUUCUCUCGCAAAACACCUCCUCCUCCAUUGACCCCAAUAGCGUCCCGAUCGAAACAAGAAACCAAUGGUGUCAGGCUCAGACCUCGUCAUGUCCAUUACUAUGUUAUCAGUUGCCAAACACAUCGGGCUCACCCAAAGAAAACACAUGCGACGCUAAAACUCUCAAAUACCAGUGCAUCUGUGGCAAUGGCCUGAGUCCCAACUCAUCUCAGUACUCGCAGACCAUCCCAUACUUUAUUUGCACUGAAGAGAAUGACGAAUGUGUCACUAAAUGCAAUGGUGACUCGAGCUGCCAGUCAAACUGCCGGUCUCAGCACCCCUGUGGUGCACAGGACCCCAAGCGUGUAAACGUGACGUCCACCGCUGCUUCCACUACUGCCGCAGCCACAACUUCCCUUCCGCCAUUUACUGGAGUCCCUGAUAAGGGAGCAGCAGCCAGGCCGUCGACUGACCUUGGGCAGGUAUAUGGCCUGGUUGUAGUUGUGGGAGCUUUCCUGGCUGGGUUUACAACAUUGCUUUGAGACCAGGCUACCAGUCAGUAUGAAGUUUAUGCCAUCUCUAC